UUUUUUUCUAUCGUGUUUUCAAUAAGUUGGAAAGCGCGCAGUUCGAAAAAGUGAUAGUGGGAGCAGUUCACAUACAGCCAGUGCAAGUGCCAAGUGCGGAGUGAGAGAGGUAUAACGAAAAAGUUUUUUCAAAAAAAUCAUCAGAAAAACGAGGUUAAUGGUAGCUGGGUGAGAGAAAACCUUUGCGGCGUUGUAGUCGAUGGCCGGAGACGGAUUGAACGCGGGUUUUCCCGGCGGAAAAGCGGCGGAACCGCAAUACGAGGCGGUAAAAACGUCGGUGUGGUGGGAUAUAGAGAAUUGUCAGGUGCCCAGGGGAUGCGACGCCCAUACAAUCGCUCAGAAUAUAAAUGCGGCAUUGAUGAAGAUGAACUAUCAUGGACCAGUCACUAUUUCCGCCUACGGCGACACCAAUGGCAUUCCCUCGUCCGUUCAACGAGCCCUCUCUAGUACUGGAAUCAGUCUCAAUCACGUCCCGGCCGGGGUUAAGGAUGCUAGUGAUAAGAAAAUUUUGGUGGAUAUGCUAUUUUGGGCAGUGAACAAUCCUGCACCUGCCAAUUAUUUGCUCAUAUCAGGAGACAGGGAUUUCUCCAAUGCCAUUCAUCAAUUACGGAUGAGGAGAUAUAAUAUUCUUCUAGCACAACCUUUUAGAGCUUCUCCUGCUCUUGCUGCUGCUGCCACAAAUGUGUGGCAAUGGACAAGCCUUGCUGCUGUCGGAUCUCCACGAGAACUUGCUUUUGGUUCUAACACAUUACGUCAAGAAUCUAUAGCGACUUCAAUUUCUGAACCUAUAUCAGCGAACCAACCUGCUUACUCCAAUGUGAAUGCCAAUGCCAAUGCCAAUGCCAAUACCAAUGCUAAUGCUUCCGGGGCCCAAAGUUUACCUAAUCCUGGACGCUAUUUUGAUACUAAAACUAAAGCUAAUUACGUACCAAAGAACUCAAAUCAACUGACUAUGACCGGCAUGUCAAGUAUGCCAGCUAAAAUUGAAGAAACUAGUAGCAGCUAUUGCCCACGCGCACCAGCUGUUGCACCAGUGCAGUUUGCACCACAUCAUUUUUUCAAGAAGUCUGAUAGUUCAGAAAACCAGAUCAGUAAAUUCAUAGAAAACUUGCCUUCACAGUGUACUCAAUUUCAUCCUCCUCUUGUUCGAGAUAAAUUUGUGAAAUUGAAUUCUCGCCAGAACAAUUUGCAACCUCCGCUUCAACGACCUGAAGGUUCUGCUGAUUUUUCUACACCAUUUGUACACCAUCCUAAUCCUGGUAGGGGUGAUUUAUGUGGUUUUAUUAACCAGGGUGAUGUAUGUCCUGAGUUUUCCUUUCUUCCAUCCUCAUCGGGAGCUUCUAAAUCUCUCUGUGGUAAUUCAGAUUUGGAUCUCCAGCUGCCUGAGUACAUUCAAGAUCUUAUAAGGGUCAUCCUUCUUUCUUUGAACACUUUGAAGCUCGAGAAGAUUGUGCCUACCAAAGUAAACAUUGGUUAUUGUAUACGCUAUGGUAACCCUAAAUAUCGUCAUACUGAUGUUACAGUAGCCUUAAAUACUGCAUUAGAGCAACAGAUGAUAUUAAAGUUAGGACAAGUUGAUUUCGAUCUAUAUGUUGUUAGAACUGAGAGGAUUUGGAAAUGUGAGAAUCCACUUGGUGGAAAUCCUAACCAGUAUCAGGAUGCAACUUGGAAUGUGAUUGAGAAAUUUCUUUGUUCAACUGUUGGACGUACAGCAAUAGCAGCAUCUGAAUGCAGGUAUGAAGCCGCUUUGAUUCUUAGAAAUGCAUGCCUUAAAGACCUUACAUUGGGUGAAGUACUUCAAAUCCUUAAUAUGAUUAUCAAUUUGAAGGGCUGGAUUAAAACUCGCUCUGAUUGGCAACCAAUUACUAUUACUCUUCCAGAAACUAAUAACGAUAAGGAUAUUAGAACACGUUCCUAGCUGAGAGAUCUCUUUCAGUAUUUUAGCAUGUCAUAGUCAUGACAUGUUUUCAGGAAUGGUUCUGAUAUCUUGGAGUUACGGAUUUUAUAAAAGAAGCUCAAUUUUAUAUAAGACAGUAUGGUCAGUGCCAACUUGAUGACGGCAUAGGAACGAGAGCUUUUUUUUACUUAUGUGGACUUCUUUUCAAGACACUUGCUGCUGAUAUAGUGGACAGAUUUCUGCACCAACCAACCUUAUGUUAAAGGGAUGCAAUUAUUAUCAUGCUUCUAUCGACCUAGCUAUGCUGAUGGAUCUCAUAAUCUUUCAUUCCAGCAGCAUGGUUGCUGCUAUCUUCUAUUUCUUUAUCUUA